CAGCCUGAUGGCACCUUCAAGGACCUGCAGGACAAACUCAACUCUGAUGACUCUUUUACCACAUUUUUCAAUGAAACAGCCACUGGGAAGCACGUGCCACGGGCUGUAAUGGUGGACUUGGAACCAACUGUGGUAGAUGAAGUACGGGCUGGCACCUUCCGGGAACUUUUUCAUCCAGAACAGCUGAUCACUGGAAAGGAAGAUGCAGCCAAUAACUAUGCCCGUGGCCACUACACCAUUGGCAAGGAAAGCAUUGAUAUGGUGCUGGAUCGUGUCCGUAAGCUGACUGAUGCCUGUUCUGGGCUGCAAGGAUUCCUGAUCUUCCACAGCUUUGGUGGCGGUACCGGCUCUGGAUUUACCUCCUUGCUGAUGGAACGCCUCUCUGUGGAUUAUGGAAAGAAGUCCAAACUGGAGUUUGCCAUCUACCCAGCCCCUCAGGUCUCCACUGCUGUGGUGGAACCCUACAAUUCCAUCCUGACCACGCACACCACACUGGAGCAUUCCGACUGUGCCUUCAUGGUGGACAACGAGGCCAUCUACGACAUCUGCCGCCGGAACCUGGACAUCGAGCGCCCCACCUACACCAACCUGAACCGCCUCAUCAGCCAGAUCGUGUCCUCCAUCACCGCCUCGCUGCGCUUCGACGGCGCCCUCAACGUGGACCUGACGGAGUUCCAGACCAACCUGGUGCCCUACCCGCGCAUCCACUUCCCCUUGGUGACCUACGCCCCCAUCAUCUCCGCCGACAGAGCGCACCACGAGCAGCUCUCGGUGGCCGAGAUCACCAACGCCUGCUUCGAGCCCAACAACCAGAUGGUGAAGUGUGACCCGAGGCACGGCAAGUACAUGGCCUGCUGCAUGCUCUACCGCGGCGAUGUCGUCCCCAAGGACGUCAACGUGGCCAUUGCUGCCAUCAAGACCAAGAGAACCAUCCAGUUUGUUGACUGGUGUCCAACAGGCUUCAAGGUUGGGAUCAACUACCAGCCUCCUACAGUUGUUCCUGGAGGAGACCUAGCCCAAGUUCAGCGGGCAGUCUGCAUGCUGAGCAACACCACGGCCAUCGCCGAGGCUUGGGCAAGGCUUGACCACAAGUUUGACCUGAUGUACGCCAAGAGAGCUUUUGUGCACUGGUAUGUGGGUGAGGGCAUGGAGGAGGGAGAGUUUGCAGAGGCCCGAGAGGACCUGGCUGCCCUGGAAAAGGACUAUGAAGAAGUGGGAACUGACUCGUUUGAAGAAGAGAAUGAUGGGGAGUAAUCUUAAAAUACAUUUUGUUC